UGAGGAGGGAAAUUGUAGGUGUUGGUGCAGUUAACUUUGUCGCAAAGGUUCACCGAUCCACGACUACGGUGUACACAGUUGAAGACUAUGGCAUUCCGGCAUGAGCAUGCGAGGGAAAUUCCAUCAAGGUUGGUGCUGAAGAGGUGGCGUAAGGACGCUAAAUCAUUGGAGAACUAUGGUGAAGGAAGAGCUGAUGAGUGCAAAGAGAGGGGAUUUCUAUUACGUCAGGGUGCAUUGCACUCUGCAUCGCAGUGGUUUUCGUUCGUAGCUGCAUGUAGCUCGGGUUUGUUUAACACAGUUAUGAGUGACAUACGAGCUUUAUGCAAACAAAUCGAGACUGCAUGUGAUCAGAAGUGUCCGUCGGCAAAGGGAAGAGAUACUCCCAGUAUGAAGGAUCUCGUGUUGGUUAAGACCAAAAGGGCUCCUCGGAUUAAGAAAAUGAGUGGUAAGAAGAGGCGAUGUAGCAUGUGUUGA